AUGUGGCAAGAUGGCUGGCCGGCGGCACGCGCGCCCGACACAGUCGGAGGCCUGAGAUCGUUUGCCAUUCGUUCGGUGCUCGAUCGCGCCGGCUGGAGCGACCACGCGCCUCUAGCUCUUGUGCUUAAAGUGCCGAAUGACACGCCCGACAGUCGCGAACGCAGGGUGGAGAUCCAGCCCCGCAAGCGUGCGCGAGUAGAGCUACCGCGAGACUCGGCAUUGGACGAGUCCUAUGCCGAUUUGGUGCUUGCCGCCCGGUCCACGACGCUUACAGACCGCCUACGAUCGUUAUACGGCCCCGUCAUUGCGGAUAGCGCAAAGGGCACACCUGUCAAGGUUUGGACGGAUGGCUCAAGCCUCAACAAUGGCCGCCGCGGCGCGUCUGCAGGUGCUGGGGUGUUCUUCGGGCCCGGGAAUCGCCACAACAUCGCUCAGCGGGUUCCCGAUGCUCAGACGAACAACCGAGCUGAGGUCUUCGCGGUUCUGCUGGCACUGGCAGCCGUCUCACCGGCGGUUCCUCUCAUUGUUCACUCCGACUCGCAGUAUGCCAUCCAGUCUGUGACCACGUGGGCUCCGGAUAAUGCGGACGCGGGGUGGUCAUGCAAAAACGGCGACAUCUUGAAAGAUUGUGCCGCGUGGAUUCGCGCCCGCCCAGCCCGUGUUCACUUCGAGCAUGUACGAGCACAUUCGGAUGACAAAAGUAACGAUGCGGCAGACGCACUUGCUAAGAGGGGCGCGGGCAAACCGGCUGCUGCUCCGUACCACCACCAACGGGUGCAGGCGCCGCCUACGCCAGCGGCUGCGCCAGACGUGACAGUGCUAUCGCUCGACAAAGUCUCUUCGUCAUUAGCGCCGCCCCCAAAGCUCAAUAAGCAACGGCGGAUUAAACCUGCGUUCAAGGUAUCGGAGAGUGAUCGCGGUCGAGACCGGAAACGAUACAGGCAGGACUCUAAGCUCAGCCUUCUUUUGGGCUCAGCGCGCGACUCGGGCUUAUUCUGGCGCACCAUCAAGCACGACUACGAUGCCAUCCCGCCGCAGGUGACGGUGUCGCUAGCUGAGCUUACGCCUGAGUUUAUGCGCCGGAUGAACAAGCCUGAACAUCCGCCGCCCGAGUUAGAUCGUGCGGCCGCGCGCCUGGCGCAGCUUCAAGCGCGCGACCUCUCCACCAUCACACCUCAUCUCGAGCCCGAUGGCUUCUUCGCAGAACCCUUCACCAUGGAGGACAUCGCCUGGUUGAAGAAGCAUAUGCGAGAGCGCUCACUUGAGGGUGCACCGGGCUAUGACGGUGUGUCCAAGUCCGAGCUCAUGAUCAUAGCAAACGACGAUCUUGCCGCGCUCUUCUCUCGAUGUAUCGAGGAAAAUGACGUGCCUGGUGUAUGGCUGACUACGGAGGUCGUCGCCAUUCUGAAGCGCGACAAACCGGAGCACGAGGCGGCUAGUUAUCGCACAGUCGGGUUGGAGAGCAUCGCCUUGAAAAUGUUGACUCUACUUGUGCAUAGACGACUGACACAAUGGGCGGAUCAGCAUGAUCUACUGCCGCCGACACAGAAUGGUUUCCGUCAAGGAUAUCGCACGGCGAACAACGCUCUUGUCCUGCGAUGCCUCAUCGAGAAGGCACACGCGAUGAAGAUCCCGCUCUACGUCGCCUUCGUCGACGUCACAAACGCGUUCCCUUCUACUGAUCGAGACCUGCUUUGGGUCAAGCUACAUCGAAUGGGUAUCAGCGGGCCAAUGAUUGACUGGCUGCGCAACCUCUACAGACGCAUGUCUUAUGUCGUCCGCACGUCUGAGGGCUCCUCGGAAGCCUUUGAGGCAGACGUCGGAGUUCUCAUCGGGGAUUCGGCCUCGCCCACGCUCUGGAAUCUCUUCUUAGCCGAUCUCAACCUGCUCCCUCGUAGCGAUGACCCUGUUCUAGGAGGUGUACUCGUCUCCCUUCUCGCACAUGCGGAUGACCUAGUCCUCGUGUCCACGUCACCUGCGGGACUACAAGCUAGGCUGAAUGCCGUGUUCCGCUAUUGCCGCAUCAAUCAACUGGUGACGCAUCCGGGCAAGACAGUUCUCAUGCUCUUCGGCGAGAUACCUGCCGUCGUACCCCAGUUCUACAUGAACGGUGUCAAGCUCGCGUACAAGGACACCUGGACCUAUGUCGGGGUCACCUUCACGAGUACCAAAGGCAAUCUCUUCUAUGAGCACUACGUCGGCCGAAGGAAGAAAGCAUUGGCCGCUGUUUUUCAGAUACUAGGGCUGGACCUCGAUGUCGGACGCCUUCCUCCAUGGCCGGCGCGACUACUCUGGAUGGCGCGGCCCGAUGCAUAUCUCACCGGGGGCGCGGACAUCAUCCCCGACAUCGACAAGUUGGCCGACCCCUUGGAGGACGUGCAGGUGAUGUUCUUGAGGAGGAUCUUAGGCCUCGGGCCGUCAUCCCUGCAUGCUCCGCUGUUCACCGAGACGGGCAUCGCGCCCCUGCGCUUCCGCCGCCUAAUUCUCGCACUACGAUACCUACGCUACGCGGUGUCCCUUCCCGAGUCGCACAUGGUCAGCGCGGCUCUUCGCGAGUCCUACGCAAUGUAUACUGCGACAGUUUCGGGGUGGAUCGGGGACAUCGCGUGGGCCCUCAAGAAUCGCUUGCCGUCCACACACAUCCGGCUCCCAUCGCUAGCCGACCUCAAGGAAGACGGCGCGGUCGACGCCCUCAUCCGUCAAGUUGAGAAGGCUAUGCGGGAUCAUCUCCAGGGGGAGAUCAACGAGCGCUCGAAGCUCUACCUUCUGAGAGACCGGCAGGAACCCGCAUCGCGAGAUGGGCCACUACAGGCUGCGGCGAUACUCCGCUUCCGCCCUUACCUCAAUGUUGUGCGCGAAGACCAUCGUUUUGCUCUCACCCGGCUGCUCCUUAGCCAUCACCCGCUCGCGCUGGAGGUGCUGCGUCAUGAGGAUCUCACCCUCGGUCGGAAGUUCGUCCCGAGGGAGCAUCGGCUCUGUCGUUUUUGUGCAGGAGCGGUGGAGUCUCCCGAACACGCUCUUCUCGAAUGCAUGGCCAACACGACACUGCCCCUCAUACGCGCUCGCUUCUUCGCACAGGUCGAACGUCUCCGCCCGGAUCUGGUGCCGCCAAUCUCUGCGCGUCCUACGCCCGACGCCAUGCGAGCACUACUUGACUGGCCGGACUUCGUUCACGUACUGGCUGCAUUCACUAAUGCAGUUCUCUCUGUCUUUACCUCCGUGGAGUAUGUGUGGCCUGCUCAGUUCAAGGUACCACCACGGCCGAGGCGUCAGCAACGACAGAAGGGGUAA